AUGGCUGGAAAGAUUGAUCACACCGUUAAAUCAGGAGGUGGUCCUUAUGUUUAUCGAAUGCAUGGCCAAAAUUAUCAUAUUGCAGGCAGCUUACUUCCCCAAGAUGGUGAAUCACCCAGAUUUUGUCAAUUGUCUAAUAAGAAGAAAAAGACCACAUCUAAUGAGUCCAUGGCAAAUCCGUUUUCUCUUGAGUUCUGGACUAUUCACGAGUUGAUGGGGUUAUUGGAUUUCAUUAAUCCACUGGUUAAACAAUUUAGAAUGGCACGUGAUCGCUUUGGUUCAAAUCCAACAGAGCGUAUUAGGUUGAAAUUGAUUGGGUCAAGAGAAAAUGAUGGUAGGCAGUAUAAUCUUCCUACCACAAAUGAGGUAGCUGCCCUCAUUAUAGGUGACAUUGAUGGGUAUGAUUCAAGGGAUAUCGUAUUGGAAACGCAAAGUCGACAACUUCAACGUAUUAAUGAGUUGCAUCCUCAGUAUCUUGCACUUCAAUAUCCUUUAUUAUUCCCUUAUGCCGAAGAUGGAUUUCGAGUCGAUAUACUACAUCGUGGUGUUGAAGAUCCAGAAUCUGAUGGACGAAUAAGGUGGACCAUGCGAGAGUUUUUUGCUUAUCGUAUACAACAGAGAACCGAUGAAAUAUCAUUGAUAUUACGUUCAAGAAAACUAUUCCAACAGUUUUUGGUUGAUUCGUAUACAAUGGUUGAAAAUGAACGACUUAGUUAUAUUAGUUUUAACCAGCCAACCUUACGUGUGGCACCUUAUCGCAACUUGGCCCAGGCAGCUGAAGAUGGCAUUGAAGAUGCUUCUUUGAUUGAAAAUCGUAUUAUUAUACCAUCUUCUUUUACUGGCGGCAGCCGUUACAUGCAACAAAACUACUUAGAUGCGAUGACUCUGGUUAAGUGGUUUGGUUAUCCAGAUCUUUUUUUAACCCUUACAUGUAAUCCUAAAUGGCCAGAAGUCAUUAGAUUUGUUGAAGCCGAGAAUCUUAAACUAGAAGACAGGCCAGAUAUUCUGACACGAAUUUUCAAAAUUAAACUUGAUUCAUUAAUCAGUCAAUUGAAGGAUAAAAAACUUUGGGUGAAGUCGCUGGAGAGGGGCCUGCCACAUUGUCAUGUAUGUCUGUUUUUGGAAAAAAAUUCUAAAAUUCCAAAUCCUGAAGACAUAGAGCGUGUUAUAUGUGCUGAAUUGCCAGACAAGGAUAGUGAACUCGAUUUGUAUCAGAUUGUUUGUGAUAACAUGAUACACGGACCUUGUGGCAACGAUCAACCAUUUAUGCCGUGUAUGAAAAAAGGCAAAUGUUCAAAAAGAUUUCCAAGGGAAUAUACCGAUCAUACGUAUAUUGAUGAAGAUGGUUAUCCUAUUUACCGGAGACGUAACGAUGGAAAUAAUGUCCUUAAAAAAGGUGUUUCUUUAGACAACAGGAAUGUUGUUCCAUAUAAUAAGAUCCUUAUGAAACAAUAUCAAGCUCACAUGAAUGUAGAGUGGUGUAGCCAAGUUGGAUCGAUAAAGUAUCUUUUUAAGUAUAUUAACAAAGGACCGGAUAGGAUAACAACAUCUAUUGUUGAUCCAACAAAAAAGAAAAAACAACAAAUAGAAAAUAACGACGAUGAAGAAAUUGGUGAGUGCUAUAACUGUCGUUAUAUUUCCGCAUGUGAGGCAUGUUGGAGGCUUUUUGCGUAUGAUAUUCAUUAUCGAACACCGCCUGUCGAAAGGUUGUCAUUUCACCUCGAAAACAAACAACCUGUUGUAUUUAAACCAAACCAACAUCUUAAUCAGGUUGUUUCUAAACCGACUGUCGCUGCUUCUCAAUUUUUAGCUUGGAUGGAAUGUAACAAGCAUGAUGAAGAUGCACGAAAGUUGUCAUACGUUGAAUUCCCAACUAAAUAUGUUUGGAAUAAAUCAGAUAAGAUAUGGACAAAAAGAAAAACCAAGUCCAAGGCACUCGGUCGAUUAAACCACGUUUCUCCCAAGGCUGGUGACAUUUAUUACCUACGGAUUCUGCUGAACAAAAUCAAGGGUCCUACAAGCUAUGAAGAUAUCAAGACAAUUAACGGAAUUGUACAUGACUCUUACAAAGAUGCUUGCUAUGCUCUUGGUCUAUUAGAUGAUAAUAGAGAGUACAUUUCGUCAAUAAACGAAACACAUCAUUGGGCCACAACAUCUUUCUGCCGGUCUCUCUUUGUUAUGUUGAUUACAUCAGAUAGUUUGUCAAGUCCUGCUCAUGUUUUUGAAGAAACGUAUCAAUAUCUUUCUGAUGAUGUCAUUCACGUUCAUGAACAAGAAAUCGGCGUCAGAGGCUUGAAGUUAAAAGAGGAUGCAAUUUUCAACCUUACCUUGUCAUACAUCGAGAAAUCAUUAUUGAGUUGUGGAUUAAGUUUGAAGCAAAUACCAAAUAUGUCGUUUCCUGAUCAUAGAUACAUUCAAGAAUCAUGCAAUAUGUUAAUUCAAGAUGAGCUUAACUAUGAUCCUGGUGUUAUUGAAGUUGAGCAUCAAGAUUUGUAUUCCAAAUUAAAUGUCGAGCAAAAAAAUGUUUAUCACACCGUUAUGAAUGCGGUUAACAACAACCAAGGUGGUGUCUUUUUCCUUUAUGGUUACGGAGGAACCAGAAAAACAUUUGUUUGGAAAACCUUGUCUGCUGCUAUUAGAUCCAAAGGUGAAAUUGUUAUCAACGUUGCUUCAAGUGGAAUUGCAGCACUAUUUCUCCCUGGUGGUAGGACAGCGCAUUCAAGAUUUAUUAUCCCAAUUAACUUAACUGAGAAUUCAUUUUGUUCUAUCGCGCCAGACAGUGAUCUUGCUGCACUACUUAACAAAGCAAGACUUAUCAUUUGGGAUGAAGCUCCGAUGAUGCACCGUCAUUGUUUUGAAGCAUUUGAUAGGACGCUUAGAGACAUUGUCCGUUCAUUUGACAGGAAUAAAGCGUUUGGCGGCAAGACCAUUGUAUUUGGAGGUGACUUUAGACAAAUUCUUCCAGUAAUACAAAGAGGUAAUCAUUCGGAUAUUGUGCAGGCAUCGUUACAUUCAUCAAGAUUAUGGAGUGAAUGUACAGUGUUACGUUUAACGGUAAACAUGAGGCUUCAGGUUGGUUGUCCAACUAAUGAUUUGGAUGAGACAAAAGCAAUUGCAGAAUGGAUUCUUAAAAUUGGUGAAGGUAAUAUUGGUGGUCCUAAUGAUGGUGAAGCUGAAGUUGAAUUUCCAGAAGAUGUUAUCAUUCGCUCUACAUGUGACCAUAUUCAUUCAAUUAUAUCGACCAUUUAUCCUUCUUUUGAAAACCAUCUUGAUGACCCAUCAUAUUUUCAAGAUAAGGCUAUUUUGGUUCCUACUAAUGAAGAAGUUGAUGCUAUCAAUGACUACAUGUUAGGAUUGAUGAAAGACGAAGGCAAAACUUAUCUGAGUUCGGAUUCUUUAUGUGAGACAGAGUCAGCAGAUUGUUUUGAGGAAUCAUUUUACUCUUCGGAUGUACUGAAUGCUUUUAAGGCAUCUGGAAUUCCCAACCAUAAACUCACAUUAAAAACAGGUGUUCCGGUCAUGUUGCUUCGUAAUAUUGACCAAACCAAAGGUCUAUGCAAUGGUACAAGGUUACAAAUAGUUAGGCUUGGAAAGCAUGUCAUUGAGGCACGCAUUAUAGCUGGUAGAUUCUUCAAUGAGACUACUUAUAUACCUCGCAUGAAGUUAACUCCGUCUGAUAAAAGAAUCCCCUUCCGUUUUUAG